UUUGGAAAGCUCUCCCACAACUCUUACAAACAGCCGAUCUUAUCUCUUUCGUGGCAGGCGGAAAUAACCGUCUAAUAACGUACAACAUUGUUAGAUGAACAUUGCUGGAAAAGCCAUUCUAUCAAUUAGAAUCACGUAAAUAAGUGUGAUAGAUUGAUUCUUUGCAAUAAAAAGGUGGGUGUCCUUUUUUUUCCAGUAAAAUUUGACCAAAGUUUGUCAGAAAAGCGAAUUUCCGCUUUGUCUCUUUGAAGCUUGUUGUAAUUGUUUUAACUGAAUAUGGACUUUACUCCGAAUCAAUCCAUUAAUAAUUUGAACUUGGAGUUGGAGGGUAGCCCUCACGUUGAGGAGUUUUCCAAUGAUGAUUUGGCUGAGCAGUUGAACAUGUUCAGCAAUCCUUAUUUUUUUGAUUUUGAGCCUGUCAAUUUGUUUCCUAACAAUUUUUACGGAUCUCUACCUCAAAAAGUGAAUUCCAGCUCUAUAAGUGUUCCUUCCAAAUAUCCGUCCCAACAGGAAUUGGCUACUCCACCAAAAUUUACGGCUUCCUCUAAUGUCCCUGUCUCGGCUAUUCCCAAACAAGAACCACUGGAAGAUUCUGACAUUUCUGUCAAACUUCCUCAAGGCGGCAAUCAAAAUCCCUACUUGGCUGCUGAUAACUUUGACUUGCUUAAUGCUUCAAGGGUAAUGCAACUCCGAGGUAAGGAUUCUGCUUCUUUGCUUCCUCUUUCCAAUGCCACCGAACCCGUACUUUCCUUUUUCCAGUCAAAUGCCUCUCAGAAUCAGCAAAAGAUCCCUUCUCCCCCCUCUCUUGCCUCUAAGCGCGCUAGUGACUCUUCUUCUUUGGAUUUAUCUUCCUUGUCUGCAGGAAACGAAGGAUCUGCUCCUUCUACUACUGCUGCCAAGAGAGACUCUACCUCUGCUCAACUGUCCGAGUUUUCACAAAGUGAUACACAGGAAGAACAGUCAUUGGUUUCUGUUCCUUCAACUCCUGUUACUACCUCUGCACCUACCAUUAAGCGUCCCAAGACUGACUUUUCAGAUGCAGCCAUUCGUAAUGCUGCCGAAGAGGAUAAACGACGCAGAAACACUGCUGCAAGUGCAAGAUUCCGUAUCAAGAAAAAGCAAAAGGAACAACAAUUAGAACGUACCGCAAAAGAGCUUUCUGAAAAGAUGGCUGCUUUGGAAGCUCGAAUUGGCGAGUUGGAAAUGGAAAACACUUGGUUAAAAGGACUCAUCCGCCCAGCUACUAACUUUUAAAUUUUUAUUAUCUUUGCUUUGGUUUAUAUUAAUUACUCUAUUUCGCUGGUAUUUUGUUUGUUUUCGUUCCUGUGGUUUCUCAUUAUUUGCAUACAUGUACAGAUAGUGUUUUUAAUUUAAGUGCAAUCUCCAACAGGUUGUGCGGGUCGGUUGUUUAUUGUUAUUCUGUUUGACCGACUUUUUCGUUUAUAUGAUAAUUCAACUUUAUUUUCCAUAAAAAUACUCGUGUAUUUCUCUAAUUCUCGAAUAAUUGUUUUUGCUUUGGUACUAUUUUGCUAAUUGAAUGGAUGCUUUGUAUACCCUUAUCACUUUACAAUCAAACGUAUUUUAUUUUUUCUAUUUUUAUUUUAUUUUACUGUAAUAUUAUUUUUUAUAAUUUAUUCAACAUUUUUCUGUUCCA